AGCGUUUAUGCAGCUGCAAAUCAAUCCAUCAAUUGAUAGUUAGUUGUUGUUCUUAUCAGAGUUUCGAGAUCCAUUUAUGUUUUUGCAUCUAUUUUCUAUUCAUAAUAAAUGCUUUUUUUAUUGAUUAUAAAUGACAUUACAUUACUUGGUUAUAAUUAAGAGUUAGCUUUCUUCCAAUACUCUGUGUAGAAAACCAGGAGCUAUUGCGUAACAUCUCCAGCUUAAAGUCAAUGAACUUAGCGAUGGAAACAAAUAGACUAAUUGGCAGACUCUUCUUUGAAGAAUCAGAGUAAAUUUAAAUCCUUUUUUUUUUUACUGCUCUACUUAAUCAGUUGCCAGUAUGUCACAAACCACAGAGGAUGAGUCAGAGCCUCUAGGCCAAACUAAACUUAAGUUAUGUACUCUCUGUAAUAAAAGUUUCUCUUGCUUAAAGAGACAUGAAAUUGUUCAUAAAAGGGAAAAUCCACAUUCCUGUAAUAUAUGCAAGGAGAGAUUUUGUCAAAAGGAAGAUUUGAAGAAACACUGCCUCGAUGUCCAUGCUGAAGAAAGAUCAUAUUCUUGUGAAAUCUGUAAUAAACCUUUUGUGCAAAAAUCUAGUUUAAAGGUACAUUAUCGAGCUGUGCACGCUAAAGAAAAACCCUUUUCUUGCGAAAUUUGUAAUAAGACUUUCUCAUAUACAGGAGAUGCAAAGAGACAUUUCGAUACUGUCCAUGCUAAUGGGCAUAACUACUCAUGUGAAGUAUGCUGUAAGAAAUUUUCACGAAAAUACAAUUUAAAGGUGCAUUGUCUUAGUGUCCAUGCUAAAGAGGAGCCUUUCUCUUGUGAUAUUUGCUUUAAAACUUUUUCUUAUAAAGGAAAUUUAAAAAUACACUAUGAUGCUGUCCAUGCUAAAAAGCAGCCGUACUCUUGUGAAAAAUGCUGCAAGACAUUUUCUUUGAAACACAAUCUAAAGAUGCAUCAUCGUACUGUACACGCUAAAGACACACUUCUCGCUUGUGAUAUGUGUGAUAAGACUUUUACGUGUAAAGGAAAUUUAACGAAACAUCUUUCCUUGAAACACUUAGAUGCUGUAUGUGCUAAUCAGAAGCUAUAUUCUUAUGAGUUUGUCACUUAAAAAUAAUUGGUUAUUUCUGUCUGUGCUUGAUAAAUACCUUUAAAUUUA